AUGACAACACUUCUACUUAACAUUGGAAUGGAGCAUUACUGCAGUGCGCAAGUUAGGUGUGUCUCCUCCUGCCAUGCCACUCUCCUAAUGGUAAACUUUAUGCAGUUGGUGGCCUUGUUUGCGGUGUUGGCGUGCACAGUGGUGCACCAUUCAGAUAUUGUGAUAAUGGAAAACACUUUUCAUUAUAGCUCGGUGUACUGGAGCGAUAAAAAUGAAUUCAACCUUCAUGGAGGGGAGACGGGGUUUGACAAACAAGAGACCAAGCUACCUACCUACUGGAACACAUCCUUUUCCAAGAUCUGUCUUGUUAUGAAGAUCGGCCAACAGAUAAACUUCAUUGUCAUUACCAGGGAGGCCACCUCUCUGUAUUCACUUAUCGCUGACGGGCAGUACCGCGCCACUACAGUGGGCCGUAACACCUGGAAGAAGCUGAUUGGUCCUCAGGCCUCAUUGCAGCUCCAAUGUAACAAGGAAGGGUUCAAUGCUGUAGGUUCUUCUGAAUACAAUUCGAAAGCAAGAAUCGGCAUCAUUAGUAACGAGCAAAAUGACUGCUUAUCCUCUGAUUCCCGAAUCGGGUUUGGUACAGGAGGGAAAUACGAUGACUCCAACACCUGUGGUAAUGAAGCAACGAACUCACCAGAUAAUGGCAUCAAACACAUCAAAACCAUGGGAUACAUUAUUGUACAGUGAGAAGGAACUGAUGAAGUGACGGCGAGAGCCAUUCAGUUUAUCGAUAUACUAAUUUUAGUAACAAACACAUCGAAGUCAUGUCAGUUCCAAUUUUUUUUUAAAUUCAGAAUGUCUAUUGAAGUUAGUUUUUUAGGUGUUGCUUAAAAAAACAAAAGGUUCCCCCAUAAUUACGGACUUUGCGUGUCGGGUAUUUAAAAUGGAAGGUUUAGUACAUUUAAUGUACCAAUAUAACAUAAGUUGGAUCAAGACAGUUUUUAAUAUUUUUAAGCGACUUUUUGAUUGGUUCCUAUACAACCACUCUCUUUUGAUAUCAGUUGAUAUUAAAAUAAUGACAUCAAACAAAUAGGCUUAAU